AUGGCCUUCCACCUCAGAUCAGCUAGCGUGCCUUCCAGCCCUUGCUCCAAUGACAUCAACGUUGAUGAACAGCUCCAGAGCUUGAACACAACCAUCUCUUCAUCUUCUGCCACCAUGGGAACUGUGUGCGAUGGUUUGAGAAAGCUUGGAGAGAUUUACAACUACAUCAGCGAGCUUGUGUGCUUACCUAGCAGCCAAGUUCCAAAGCAGAGGAAAUCAGUGGAGCAAGAGCUUGAGAGCUCGCUUGUCUUGCUCGACCUUUGCAACACGAUGCAAGAGAGCUUCUCUGAGCUCAAGGAAAGCAUCCUGGACAUGCAGCUGGCUCUCAAGAGAGGAGAUAAUGCAGCUGUUCAGACCAAGAUCCAGUCUUACAUCCGUAUAGCGAAGAAGACACAAAAGCAGUUCAAGAAUAUCAGCAAGAAGUCUGCAGCAGCUGAUCAGGAAAGCUGCAAACUGAUCAAGAUGAUGUCUGAAGCCAGGGAGACUGCUGUCUUGAUGCUGGAAUCUUCAUCCCAACUCUUGUUGAAACAAAUUGCAGUACCAAGUCCCAGCAAGUGGUUUCUCAUCUCCAAGACGUUCCAGAAGAGAAGAGUUGUGUGUGAGGAGGAGCAAUUGCAGGCGUUGGAGUUGGACAUUAUUGAUCUUGAGAGUGGAGUUGAGACUUUGUUUAGGAUACUGAUCCAGAGCAGGGUUUCUCUUCUGAAUGCUCUUUGCUUGUAG